GUCGUCGAAGAAUCCAGUAAAUAGAACCCAGGAGCACGAGCAGUGUCUGUGCUGACGUCACGGCCGUACGUUGAGAGCUGGAGCGGAGUUGUAAGCGCGAGCUCAGACGGAGGCGCGCCGAGGGAACAGCUACAGCUAUGGUGCUCUGUUCUUCUUCGUGAGGACGAAAUCAGCCAAUUUUAUUCUCGUUGACGUCUUUUUCUCCGUCUUCUCCGCGACGUAAACAAGCCGUCGGACAUUUUGAAAUCGCUUCGGGGAUACAAUAUGUCUUCCACGGCGGUCGCUGCCUCCAGAAGGCAGUCCUGCUAUUUAUGCGAUCUGCCCCGCAUGCCGUGGGCGAUGAUCUGGGAUUUUACCGAACCCGUCUGCCGUGGUUGUGUGAACUACGAAGGUGCCGACCGGAUUGAAUUCGUUAUCGAGACUGCCAGGCAGCUAAAGAGAGCACACGGCUUUCAGGAGGGCCGCUCUCCCGGCCCGGGGAAGCCCCAGCACGCCGGGAAAGAGAUCAAUCACUCGGUUGGGGACCUGGGCUCUCGUCCCCCUCAACCUCUGGAUCGUUAUCCGCUGUCAGACAGGCCGCCGCGGCUGGGCCCGGAGUACCAGGCGGGCAGGCAGGCGAACGGCCUCCCGAUGCCCAACGGAUUUCCCAAACCCGACGAGCCCCCUGAGCUAAACCGCCAAAGCCCCAACCCCCGCAGGACUAGCACGGUUCCUCCUAACUUGGUGCCUUUGGUAAACGGCGCGAUACCUGCCAUACAUCCACUCAGCGGCCGCCCGACACAGAUCUGUCUGCCCGGCGCUCUGAUCGCGCCUGUCCCCGGGGAGCACGGCAAGCGCCCAGAGGAGCUGAAAGACAAGCACCGGGCGGACAGCAUGUCGGACAUGUCGGACAGCCACAAGGACUGGAUAAACAAAGGCAAAACUGUCAGGGACCUGAUGCUGCACACGUUCGACGGCAGGGUAAAGAAGGACCACACCGCCAUGCAGCGGGUCAUGGCGUACGAAAUGAGUGGCACUUCCUCAAAAACAGACAGAGGGAAGCACCCUCGGCCUGGGAAGAGGAAGGCCUCCCCUGAGCCAGACUGUGAGAGCAGUGUCCCCAAGAUGAACGGCAGUGAGGGCCAGCCAUGGCUCCCCUCACCCUCUGAAGUCCUGAAGAUGCCCCCAGCAGCCCUGCCAGGCUUCUCUGCAGCGCCUCCAUCAACCAUUUCCCCCCACUCCCGCACCACACCACCUGAGGCUGCCACAGCGCAGAAUGGCCAGUCUCCCAUGACUGCACUCAUCCUCGCCACCGAUAACGCAGGCAGCACGGGCUCACCUAAGGACGGCAGCCAGGUACAUUCCACCAUGGCGGGGGCACGACGGAACAGCGGGAGCCCCCUGUCACCCUCACAGAGGAGGUUGGCCCAGAGAGAGGGGCCUGUGAGUGCCAACCCCUCUGCUCCGCAUGGUCCCGGCAGUAUGGAGCCACCGCCACAGAGCAUUCCGGAUUCCUCUGUGCCGCCGGGCAGCGUGCCGCUGUGCUGCACUCUGUGCCAUGAGCGGCUAGAGGACACUCAUUUUGUCCAGUGCCCUUCAGUGCCCUCUCACAAGUUCUGUUUCCCCUGCUCCCGGGAGAGCAUCAAGCAGCAGGGGGCCACCGGCGAGGUGUACUGUCCCAGUGGUGAAAGGUGCCCGCUGGUUGGCUCCAAUGUACCCUGGGCCUUCAUGCAGGGGGAAAUAACCACCAUAUUGGCCGGAGAUAUAAAGGUAAAAAAGGAGCGGGACCCUUAAAAAGUUCUCCGACUGCUUCUCGUGAACUUGUUUCCCUCUUGUAACCCAAGUAUGGCAACAACAGCAGGACAUAAAGUAACAGACACAGCUCACCCAGCAAGCCUCAGAGGAGCUGGCAGACAUGUACAUAGUGAACACAGGGGAGUGUAUACUUCAUAAAUGUGGCUGUAAAAUUUGACUUCUUUCUUUAAUACAUUGUGUUUCUUACUGUGUUUCCAGUAAGACUUUUCCUUUUUCCCACCACAGCUGUUUCUUCUCAGUCUGUCGUUGUACUUUAGGUCUGCAGACAGUCCCUGUCGAGCAUAGAAUGUGACUAAUUUGAGCACUUGGCAAAAUCCUUUAAUAAAUGAAACAAAAAAUGCUUCUAGCUGUACAUGUAUGCACUUGCCAAAUACAGUUUCAGACCUUGUAAUAAUACCCCCAGUGUCUCUGUGGUUUGCUUAUUUUCCAUUAUCCUGGAGUUGGUCGGAGAGUCAUGGCCUGAUUGUGAAUCAGCCAUGAUGCAAUCCCUCCCAGCAGGAACAAAUUGGCUUCCAGGGAACAGUGGGUGGAAGGGAAAAGUCAGGGAGCGAGGGAGAUGGAGGAGGGGGGAUGAAGGCCGCAGUAGAAGUGCGUUGCAUAAAUGCUGUGUACUGUAAAUCGCACGUGGGUGAGCCGAGGCUGCUCAGCGCUGAGGCCUCGUGCCCCAUGAGUGCGGGGGGAGAUAAGGAGGGCCUAAAAAUAGUCACCGUGGCUUCAAAGUGACGCCCGCUCCGGCGUUUGUUGAUGUCAAAACAACUGCCUCACAUGUCCUGUUUGGGCACUUUGUCUGGAUCUAGAGGUUUUCUCUUUGCUUCUCCUCCAUGCACCCAAAUCAGCCUGACAUCUCGUCAGAUGCUGGCAGCAGAUCAGAGCUGUUGCUGACUGAACACACCCUGAUUCCAAUGGAAGCACAUGGGAGACGUGAGGUCAUGAGCGGCGGAGGCCCACUGGGACUGUUAGCGCAGGAACCGAGCGAUCAGCCCUUUGCUUUCCUCCUCCUUUCCCUUCUCUCUCCUCACGUUACACCCUCUGUCACGCUGUCAGGAUGACGGAAAUACCUCAGGGCUCUCUUUUCUGUUUCAGACAGGCUUCGUUCUCCACAACAAAGCGUCUUCAUCAGACAAAAUGGCUGCUGUCAGAGCGGAUUUGGACGAACCUUAAAUCCCCCCACGCUCUCGCCCCCGUGUCACCGACGUUUAUUUGUCUUAUUUGCUUUGCUUUUACUUAAACGUGUAUAUCGAAGCGUCGUCUGUGGAUACUCUCUCGCUGUCACGUUUGACUGCUUUGACUUCAGGAAGAAAAUAAGGAGGGGGCCCUGCUUCAGAGUAGGGGGGUGGGAGUAAAUGCCUUGCUCAGGGGUCACGUGCUCCUUAGUGGAAUUCCUGAGUCACUGUCCUCCCUCCCUCCUCUUCUAAUGUCUCCUCCCCCCUACUGCAGUAACUUUUCAAGGCUGCUGAGCGCACAGACAGAUGAAUGGGGGCCUGUAUGUGUUUAUGCCAGGACACCGUGCAGGGAGGAAAACGUUAACCCUUCCCCAGCUUUCUCCCUCCACAGACAGCGUGUUUAGUUUUAUCCUGCAGCACAUUUAAAAGGAAUGCAGUUUCCUUCCUGGUAGAGCUGUAUCUGUGCUGGAGGGUAGACUGUUCUUUCAAACUUUCCUGAUUGUCAAACUUCCAUUUUUAAAUCAAGAUUUUCAGGACAUUUUAUAUCACAAACAUCUAUAACUUGUUUUUGAAUGUCCUAAAUGGGCUUAAAGAGGUUUUAUAAUAAUUGCGUGCUGUGCUGAACUGCGAUUAAAUCAGUCCAGGUCAGCAGACUAGUAGGUCGGUGGUGGGUUUGGUUAUGCAAUGGCUCUUUUUCUUUAAUGAAAUUCCUCUUACUUUGUAAUCAGCAGUAGACAGGCUUUUACACUCCUGUCAGUCUGUCACUGGGACUCGCAGACAGCCUCUUAGGUCUAACAGAGUUCAUAUGAGUCACAGUUAUUUGAUACUUAGUGGUAAUGAGGAACAUCACGCUUCUGCAUCACUCCCGCGUGUAGUGGGGAAACCUGAAGUAACAUUUAAUGCCUUGCAUUAAUAUCAUGACCAAAGUAACCUCAGGAUUCACUCAUGUGCUUCUCAUUGCACCUUUAACAUUUUACAAGUUUGUCAUCAAAGUAUAGUUCAAUGAAUGCAAGUACUUAAAAAAGAGGUCAAGUAAAGACUGAUAAUUUCAAAUUGUGUUCCAGUACAGUAGUACAGGUUUCAUCCUGUCAGCAGGGAGAAUAUUGCUUUUUUAAAAUCAGAAACACUUGGAGAUGUGCAGCGACAGUUACCCAAAACCCAGUUUUUGUUCUGUCAGACGGACAAGUUCACAGACUGAUAACAAAGCAACACUGAUGUCAGUUUGUAAUGAUUUGUUUUCUUAAAUUUUAAUAUAUUAUUCAUGUUAAGAUUGGUGUCAGGUCUGUCACUUCACUCUGUGAUUUGGCUGCUGAAUAUGGAAGCUGCUGUUUGACUUCAGUAGUGAAUGAAACCUAACAACCCCCCAAAAUAGAGACUUGUUAAAGUUUUUUGCAGAUAAUGACGCUUCCCUUUUCACAGUCCUGAAACCAAACAGUAGCCUUUGAGUUAAAACUACUCGGACUUCCUCCAAGUUCUGGAGAGUCUGGAUUAUUCUUCAGUGCUUCGUGCAACACUUUCACUUGAAUGCAUUUUUAGUUUUUCUUUAGCAACAAUUGUUCCUAUUUUUGUUGGCCUGUAAGGUUGUGAUAACAUGCCAGUUAAGACCAUAAUGAAAUGUUUACAAUUAACUUUCAGAUUUGUGAAAGUGAGUCGUAUCUGUAAAUGCUUAAAAAUAAACUUCAACCCGACCACACCAGGUGAGGUUCAGCUCAGACCUUCGGCCUGUGCUACGAAGAAACAAAUGUAGAGUAAGUGAUUAUUAACUCAUUGUGAGGUCAUACCGUGCAAAGGUUUAUUAUACUUCUGAGAAUUUCACACUUUUAAGUUGCAAAAAGUUGAUUACUGUGAACUUGAAAAAGUUCUAACGGAACAAUCCUGAAUCGGAGCAGUCUUUGGUUUGUCCUCCAUCUUCAAAAUAACACCAAACCUUUCAAGGUACUUUUAAGGAUUUUAAACUUGCCACAGCUCUUCUGUAAACUCAGGCAGUAUCAGUACCUCCUGUCUCUUCAUGAUGCUGGACUAUUAUCUCUAUGGGGAUCUUCCUCUUCUUGUUCAUCUUUUCCAGGCUCUGCCUGUUUACGCUCAUUGUUUUAUGUACAAAUUAAUUUGGGAACAUCUACAGUAUCUGAAAGUUUAGUCACAGUGCUGAAAUAUUUAAAGGAAACUUCCACACAGUGCUACUUGGUAGCUCCUUGUGUUAUUGUCAGUUAUGCCAGCCUUAUGUUGCAGAAAAAAUCUACUUGCAGAGUGGGAGCCCUGCCUCGAUACAAAGGCCCUUCAGCCUACGGAUCCUUUUGAUGUCUUUCAGCCAAUCGGAUGACCAUAUCAAAAUAGAUCCAAAACUCCGCCCUCUCUCUCAGGAUGGUUCAUUUUUGGCACGAGGUCGGCCUCAGAUUCCAGGCGAACCAGCCCCGUUUUUUUUCAUCUGUCACAGAAACUCAACACCCCAAGGGCCCGAAGAGCCAACGGCCCGAGAUUAGUGGGUUUGCUCAAAUUACGUGGCGCACACAGGAGAAAAACUCUGGGUUUCUCUCUCCUCCUGUCUCCUUCUCUUCACUCUGUUUGUUCAGCUGUUCCUCACCCAAAGCUCAACCCCCUCCAGCACCAAACCGCCUCUUCUUUCCUGACUCUGAAGUCCAGGAUAAGGCUGUUGUCUUGAUUUUACAUCUGCAGAACAGCAAACACACCGAGAGCAGGAACAACAAACCUCAGCUCUUCACACCUCCGUGAACACUGCCAGUGACAGUAGCUUGGAUAAAAAACACUGUGCCAUGCAGCUAUUUUUAAUAGGUAGGAAACUCUACCUGCAGGGCAAAUAAAGAGACUUAUGAUGCUUGGAAACUAGGUCAUAAUCGAGUGAAAAAGACAGCUCUGUGAUCUUAUAUAUAAAACAUAUGAAAGCUGUUUUUAACUUUGAAGCUUUGUGGUCUGUCCAAGCUGGAGUCAAACUGUGAAGUAUAGUAUACAAAAUAACAUGGCAGUGAGCUUUUACUGGAUUCACAUUAACAUUACAAAUGACUUAAGUAAGUCAUUUACACAACAGUGAUUCAUUUUAUGUUAUUUAGAAGCAAUCAUUAUGAUGUAAACUGGUCAAUAGUAGUUGUUGGUGGUGGAAUGCUGUUUAUAUCCACUUAUUAUUGGUCGUAAAGGUCAGGAACAUUUUUUUAAUGAUUUUCUUAAACUGUUGUUUUCCAGGGUGAAAUGAUUGUACAGUAUUCAUGUUUAAUGACUUAAAAAAACAUGAGUCAUGGUGAAAAGCUUUUAGCAUAAUUUUUGCUGGAUAUUUGACCACUCCUCUCGACGGAGUUGUUAGCGUUCAUUUAAAGUGGUUGGUUUCUUGGUUCGAGCCGGCUCAGCCCUACUUUCAACAGGGUUGAGGUCAAGAUCUUGGGAAUUCCAUUCCAGAAGCUUAAUGUUAGCCUGCUUUAUCCUUUCCAAAACCAUCUUUAAUGUGUAUUUGGUAUCAUUGUCCCGUUGGAACUUCUCAUUGUAUCCCAAGUCUCAAACUGCACAUUUAAGGUGAAGCUGAAGAAUGUUAUUUCAUAACGUAUCUACUGGGAUACAGUUGAAGCUUAUAGAGAGGGGGGUAUCUGCUUCAAGUGACAGUGUUUCUGUCUACUAGGCCUCACCACUUGUUGGAUUUUUCACUGUAGUGGAUCUCUUAAUUGUAUUUUUUGCUGCUGGUGAACUUUUUGAAGCGUUUUUAAAGUAAUUAUCCUCCAAGAAGUUUGUGCUUCAGUUUUGGUGAGUAUAAUUCCAGUAUGAUAUUAUUCCGUUACCCACCAAUUAACCAAUACGUCUGUCUGUGAGACAGUUUGCCUCAGCCCAAGGCCCAGAGAGGAAAGCAGCAUUUCUAAAUGUCAUGUGUAUAAUAGCUUGCAUUUGUAUUCACUCACACAGGUGAAAUAAUAAAAUGAACAAAAGUAGUUUUGUAGUAAUUCUGUGGAGCAGCAACUGAAAAUAAUUUUUAAAAACUAAUUUUAAACGUCCAGUUCUCUGAGAACUCGGUCCUUGCUAGUUGCCUAAUUUUGUCAACUAGCAGCUAAAUAUUAGCAGUAAGUGUUGACAUCAACCCCAUGCUGAUGUGCUGUGCUGGCUUUAGGGUGAGCUUGGGUUAACCAUGUGCUCCAGGGUCAUUGUGUCCAAAUGAGUUGUUUGUACAUCCAGGGCUGGGGCCUCUCUUCAUUUAGACUGUGUCCAGAUCCUAAUGCUGUUCAAAAGGUCAAUCAGUCCCCGCGUGAAAAAUGACCCGAGCUUAGACCAACAUGCUGCUGUCACACAAUUCGUUGGUCAGGCCCCCACCGCGUCAGCACUUUCCUGUGUACCCUGGGGCAUUACAGACCACCCCCACAUCCUUACCUCGUGGCACAUACACACAUUGUGUUCUGUCAAAAUAAAGGCCUGAAUUCUUCCGUUUCUUUCUUCUGCUGUGCUGCGUUUUUCCAGCCCAGGCUGCCAUUUCAGGUAAACCUUUUCUUCAUCUUUGGUAUUAGUGAAAAACAUGCAUGAAAACAAACAUUUAGAUUAAGAAAAUAAGAAUACAUAUAAAUACUAAAGGUAAAACAGAAAUGCUAAUGUAAGAUGUAAGAAACUAAUGACACAAAUAAAAGUUAGAAUAAAGGUCAGAAGAAAUGUGACGUCAAUUUGUAGAAUCAGCAAAAACAUCGGAAGACAUUUGUGUCAGAAAAGACAGUUUUGUUUUAGUUUUUCCACAAGUCAAACUUUUCUUUGUUGUUUUUUGUUUUUUUUUUAGUUGGUGUUUGGCGAUUUUUACUUGGUAAAAUUUAGGAAAAGCUAACAAGAAAUAAUUAGCAAUGCACUGAACCACUGCAGCUCAAUCACCAUGCAAAAGCAAACAUACUUCACAACCUCUUCCCCAUCAUUCCAGAGAAAGGUUGGUCACCAAACUUCUAAACAACACAGUGUUUAGAAGUUUGACUUCGUUUUUCUUGGUUAUUAAUGUGUUUUGCAAGUUUUUACAAGUCCAUGCACUGAUAUCCACUAGAGAAGAUCACAGCCUUUCAGAAAUGGUUUCUGGUUGUAUUUCUUGCAUAUAAACAUUUCUUGUUACUAGCUUGUAAACAUUAGCCUGUAGCUAAAGUUGUCCACCCACACAAAAAAUGAACACAGUUGUGAUUAGUUGCCUGAAAAGGAUCAACAAUGAAGACAACAUCAUCUUUCUGAGAAGAUGGAUGUGAAUCAAUAGUAAAGCUCAACAUUAAAACUUAUAGACCUCUCUGGUGAAAGUACUCCAUUGCUUACAGCAGACUUUCACUUCCCAAGAAAUACAUGUAAGUAGAAUCAGUUCUGUAUGUUUUUCAAUAGUUGAAUGAUUGUUACUGCUGCAUGAUAUUUGCAUACAAGUAACUACACGCACAUGGGAUCAGCUGUCUAGUUAAAAGUUUCACUUUGCCAGAACUUUAUCUUUAGAUAUCAAGUGUGUUAGAAACCAACAAUAGAUUUAAACUCCCAAAGUUUAACAUAGCAUCUGUAAAACCUGUCAAAAUCAUAAAAGGGGGGAAUGUGUGUGCUCAGGUUUUUUCAGGUGGAGUUUUUUCUGUGGAAACACAAAUGGAAAGGGACCAGUCUCACUCAGCAUCCAAAGUGCUUUUACAGCUCAUUCACUCAGGCAACUGUCAGUGUAAAUAGUUGGCACUAUAUGAAGAGAAUUGAGUUGUUUACAUGGCACUGCAAGAGCUUUGUCCAUCUUACUAACACACCCACAGCUAGUUUAAGAAUCAUCAAUUAACUUAACAAUUAGCAGUUUUCUAAAAUACUUUGUUUUUGCUGACAGUCAUUGUUUGGAUUGAUGUGACUCUAAAUAAAUAAGCUUGUUAGUGCCACAACAGUUACUUUUCUUUGGUUUCACUUCAUCUGAAUCUUGCAGCCCCAAAAUCCCCAAAAGUUUCUACUACAGCGGCAGAAAAAGAAGAUAGCGAGAGAGAUGAAGAUGUGAAAGGUGUGUGAUGUUUCCUGGGGUUGCAGAUAGACACUGCCAUCUAAUUUUAGAGAGUGCAGCUGCUGUUUGAUCCACCAAAGGAUCCUGUGCCUUUAAUCAGCAAACACCCAGCAGUGAGCACCAAGAAAGGAACACAGUGUUAUGUUGACUCUGUAUCUGGAAAAGAGGUUUACAGAGCAAAGCCCAAAUAUAGCAGCUAGUUCUCAGAGCCGCAACCCUGUUGCCUGGAUAUCCCUGCUGGAAAGUAAACAGAGGGGAUGUUGGAUUUGCCACGUCAAUGAACUGGCAGGAAGUAAAGGCCACACUGAGGGGGGAGGGGGAGGCAAUCUCUUUUAUUAAUGCUGAAACUUUAUAACCUGGGAACAGCAGGCUGGACUGUUUCCUGGCUGGAGAGGGAGUUUUACAGUAGAGCUGUGUUUAGAGGCAGUACGCACCUUAUCUGGCACUUUUAUUACAAAGCACAGGGAGCCAACCAAAUGUGAUAUUGAUGACAUCACCCUGCAGAGAUACAGAAAAGUCUCUGCAGGUUGAAAAAACACACAAAUUAAAGGACAAAGGAGAGCUGUGUCAUUCAGAGGAGACUUGUGAGUUUCUGUAAGUAGAAUGGGAGGCAGAGCCAGCUCCCAGUUUGGAUACGGGUUAAAACUUUCCUUUUCAAAUAAGGCUUGAAGACUUCCCAUGAUGAACUCUGUAUCUGUUUAUACACUGCUAAUGCAGCUCAUUAAAUCAUGUCUUCUCUGUCCCACAGUU